CUGUGCGCACUGCCAGCCAGCAGGAGCAGCCACCAGCCACUGUGCUUUUGAGGUUGAAGUCAAGCUGAAAAUUUUAUUUUGUUUCAAAUUGUAAUUUUAGGUUAUUAUUUCAUUUUCUGUCGUGUAACUCAAAACUUCAAGUUAUGAGAAUUGUUUUUUGUUUAUCGUUAGUUUAAUAUUUUUAAAGAUGGAUGUUAAUCCAUCAGCUUCUACUCCGAAUAAUGAACUAGACGAAAUCAUAAAGUUAAUGUGGGGUACCGAUGUGAAAGAAGAUGUUUUCCAGAGAUGGACUCAAGGUUUCAACUUCAGCACAGAUGAGCCGACCGCCUUAAUCCAAUUUGCUGGUGGCCCUUGUGCAGUCUUGGCUCCUGUGCAAGCAUUCAUUAUCAAGAUUCUUAUUGCUGAAUCUUUGUCCGCGAGUUGUAGCAACUGGAGAGAUAUGGAAACAGAAAAAGUGAAUCGACUACUGAUUCGCGCAGCCUGUGAGAUACUGAACCAGGCGCAUAGUGGCCGCAAGUAUAUGCUAGUGCACCUGAACGAGAAUGAGUCAGCAGCUGCCGGCCAAGCCAAGGUCAAUGACCUCGACCCCGCCGCUUCCUGUCUACUCGUGGACAGGUCCGACAUCUUGAGUCCUCCCCUAAACCACAGGCUAUUCCAUUCUCAGUUGAGGGUUGUCAGUCUGGAUAGUUCGGAUGAAGUUGAAGCCUUUUACCUCGAAAGGAUAGAAACCUUGAGAGAAACCUUUGGAGUUUUGCUUUUUUUGUAUUCUGUCAUGUAUACUAAGGGUCUGGAUCAGCUGCACACGGAAGUGACUGAUGUUAGCGAGCCAAUGAUUGAUGCCGAGUAUGGCUACGGCAGUCAGUGUCUUAUAAACCUCAUGAUUACCGGGAGAGCAGUCGCUCAUGUCUGGAACAAUGACCAAGAUGUUGGAGGACUGAAGCUACGGGGAAUCGACAAACAGAGUAAGAUUGGGUUUCUUGCUCUACUGGAACAUCUUAGGUACUGUGAAGUUGGAUCUUUUCUAAAAAGCCCAAUCAACCCUGUCUGGGUGCUUGGCAGUGAAACACAUUUAACAGUGUUGUUCUCAUUCGAGAAACAGCUGGUAUGUGCGGAAACGCCCAGUGAAAUGGCGAAACGUGUAUUCAAGAGCUACGACCCCGAGGGCAAUAAUUUUAUAGCAGCCGAUCUUCUGCAAGAUGUACUCAACAGCCUCGAUCUGGUAUCCGACCCCGAAUAUGUAGAUAUUAUGAAGAAAAAGUUGGAUGGUGACAAUUUAGGGAUUAUCCUACUAUCGGCUUUCAUGGACGAGUUCUUCCCGGAGCAGACUCCCUCUGCUCCCGACACCUUCACCUUAUUCCAUUACAAUGGAAUAUCAAGGUCGUGUCCAAACGGAAAGGUGAUGUAUCAGGAAGGAAACGCAGUGCUAUUGGAAUGCAACAUGAAGUGUGUUCUGGAGAGCAAUCCUAUGCUGACGUGUCUGCAGACCAAGUGGCCGAGCAUAGAAGUGCAAUGGACGCUUGGGACGACGCCUUCUCUCAACUAGCUCGCAGCUUGGCUCCCCUGCUCUGCUCUGCUCUGCUCCGGUCAAAAGCACAAAAACUGUUCCUCUCGAUUGCGGCUAGAAACGUGGCAACACUGCUGUAGAGAUUCGAUAGUUGUUCAACGACGGACAGUCAAACUGUGCAGUUUUAUGGACGGACAUUCCUGUAUAGCGAAUCAGUCCAACUCAGUUAAAAGGCCUACUUAUGUUUGGAGAGAAUCAAAACACCAGUACAAUUAUUAUGAAGCAUUCUGCUUGCAUACAGUAACAACACAUUCACAAAAUAUCUAUUACUUUAUUAAUUUCUAAUUUACAUUUUGAAAAUGUUACGUUUGAAUUUAUUCGAUUUACCAUUCCUCUGAUAUAAUCAGACAUCCUGGAUUGAUGAACUUAUUCUGGAUAAAGGAAUUCAAUAUUUUUAUUAAAAUCUAUUUAUCUAUUUCAGUAACAUUUUUGGGGCGUAUAUGACUCAGUCAAGUAUUAAUUCUAUUUAUAUGCUCUUGCAUUGUAAUAAAUUAUUCAAAUGAACCAACUAAUUUGGGUGUAUUAUAUUCUUUUUAUAAUCCUGAACUCACUAUUAAUAGGUAAUUCAUUGCCACUAUAACUUGUAGUUUAGGUUUGUGAUAUUGUAUUAAGCUACAAUCCAAAGUGUCUCUCAAAAAUAUAAGUGAUUCGACUAUAUUGUUACUAAUAAAGCACUAUUCACAAAGAUAAAA